AUGGAUGCCGAAAAUGUCGAGUUAUUUGUUGGGGGUCUUAACCGGUAUAACCGAUCUUCCUGGUUUGCAUCAGCUGAUAAAUGAGCCAACUCGCAUUACUGAGAAAACUUCAACAACAAUUGAUUUAAUCUUUGCUAACGAACCAGACAAAAUUGUCUGCUCCGGUGUCUCUCAUGUCGGCAUUAGCGAUCAUAGUUUAAUCUAUGCAUUCCGCAAACUCUCAGCUGGUAAGCACACGAAAGGGCACACAACAAUCUCUUACAGACAUUUUAAGCACUUUGAUGCUGACAGCUUUCGAAAUGAUAUCAGUUUACAGGAUUGGGACUACAUAAAAACUUUUGGCGAUCCAAAUCAAAUGUGGCAUGCCUGGAAAACGAUUUUUAAUAACGUUGUUGAUAGGCACGCCCCAUUACGCACAAAGCGCGUCAGGGGAUCAAAAGCACCUUGGAUAACAACU